UGGGAACAAAAAAGAGGUGAAGACUCUAGCUACAUCUCAAAUUGCCUACAAACAGGAUCAUGAUAAGAAGCAACCUGAGGAAACAGGAUGACAGGCUGGAGCAUUGGCACAGUAAAGCUUGCAAAUGUGAUUGUCAGGGAAGUCCCAACUCGGUUUGGUCCACAGGUACAAACAAUCUGGAAUGCAUGCCAGAAUGCCCCUAUCAUAAGCCACUUGGUUUUGAGUCGGGAGCUGUAACUUCAGACCAGAUCAGCUGUUCCAACCCAGAGCAGUACACAGGGUGGUACACUUCAUGGACUGCAAACAAGGCACGGCUUAAUGGGCAAGGCUUUGGGUGUGCCUGGCUCUCCAAAUAUCAAGACACAAACCAAUGGCUACAGAUUGACUUGAAGGAAGUCAAAGUUAUUUCAGGGAUCCUCACACAGGGACGGUGUGAUGCAGAUGAAUGGAUGACAAAGUACAGUGUACAAUACAGGACUGACGAGAACUUAAACUGGGUGUAUUACAAGGACCAGACAGGGAACAACAGGGUUUUCUAUGGAAAUUCAGAUAGAACAUCCUCUGUGCAGAAUCUCCUGCGCCCGCCCAUUGUUGCCCGUUACAUCCGAUUAAUACCGCUUGGUUGGCAUGUGCGUAUUGCUAUCAGGAUGGAGCUGUUGGAGUGCUUGAAUAAGUGUGCUUCAUAAAUGUAUGAUAGUCCAGGAAAGUGACUCAAUAUUAGUAAGGCAUAAAACACAUAUUCAGAGAAAUCUGUUUCUUGAAGGAAUGCUCCCUCAAGUGGCAAAAAAGGUGUAAUUCUGAAAACAUGUUAAAAGAGAAGACCACAUUUCCUUAUUAACUCUGUAAUGUAAACAACAUUUUUCAUUUCAUGCCUAAUUCCAGACUCACAUGUAACAAUGCAGCUUAUGUUGCUGGAGAGAAAACACUGUAAGAACAGGAAAGAUACACUUCUCUGAACUUGUGUUUUGGCUCAGAGAUGAAAUGAAUAAAAUGAGUAGGUUCUUUCUGUAUAUAGAGUAGGAUUUCAAUGCAUGGUGAAUACUAUAAGUAGUCUCCUACUACCUGCUGUUCUAAAGUUUACCCCUAUAGUUUUGCCAGAUUUUAUGGAAUUCUGUCUCAAUAGAUAUGCACAUGCACACACAGAGAGGAACAAUGACACAAGUUGAGAGAGAAUGAGGCCCAGAUGACUAUUUGAAUAUACAGUCAGUGCUGCCAUAAAUCCCUGCCUACACUUUCAUUUCAUUAUUUUAUUUACAGAAAGCCUUUAGCACACGUUCCCAAAGCUUUUGUGAGAGGACUGAAUGUACCAAAACCACAGCAAGACAAAACAAAAGAAAGAGAAGAAUGUUUUCGACUGCAGUUUUUAAACCAUUUCUCAUUGCACCCCAUCUGCCUUUGCCGAUGCUGAUAGACAGAUAACUAGCCACUUGCAGUCUUGGGAGCCCUGCUUUCAACAAGAGAGCACCUGCCUCCCUGCAAGGUUUUCAAAGCAAUCUCAGCCCUUCUUCCCAUUUCAGUCUGCUUUGCCUCCUUAUAAAAGACAACGGUGGUGCUGCUUUUUGUAGGAAAAGAAAACACGGGAAUAGAAUUUGUUGCCAUCCUAGCCUGGGAUGGGAUGAGAUGCAAAAGCCUUGCCUGUAUUAUUGGAUAGACCCACCCAAAGUCCUUGGAUUUGGAGUUAAGCCAGACUAGCUUGUGUUCAUGCUUUCCUGGAAGAUUGGAUUUUGCUUUGUUGUUUUUGGGGGCAUGUGGGUUUUUUUCCCCCAGUUACCCAAAACUAGAGAAAGCUACACUCUCAUGCAUGUGCUCUGUUUUCUUCCCGCAUUUCAUGUCAACAUUGACCAUUGAAGCUGCUUUUUAUUUAGAAGAAAAAAGCUAUGAGUAAAGAACUCACAAUAUGCAUACUAUUAUUGUAACUUUCAGGUGGUGAGAUAUAUUAGUCUAUGGAGGCAGAAACAGUCUCACUGCCUAUUGAAGAUAGUAUAUUUAUUAAUCCUCAAGGUGCUACAAACUUAAUUGCCAUAGUAGUUCCCUGUGAUUUAAAAAUAACCCCCACCUUUUAUUGACAACCCAGCGAUGCGUGACUAAUGGAAUGAAAAGGGCUUAAAUACGGGAUUUUGCUGACAUAAGGAAACAAUAUGUGGGGAUAUAGUCAGAGAAUGUGGUAUCCCCAACCUCUGAGCCCUUUAUGGCCAAACUUAUACUUCCAUCUUUUUAAUAUCUGCAAUAUCAAACAUAUUAAAAGUGGCUAGAUUUUAACAUUCAUUUUAAGUUCUCUCCCCCAUUUGUUGACAACACAGACUUGUAAUUAGUGGAAGUCUGAUCCUGCUGGAGAAAGGAGUAUUUUUCUAACUGUUGCUCCUUCAUCUGGCAACACCAAGCACUGCCUGAAAAUCUGCCCCAGAGUGUUGAGGUUGGAGAAGAGGUAGGAAGAAAAGGGAAUCAGUCACUGGUUCUUAACCUUAGGUUACUCAGGAGUUUUGG